UCCGGGGGAAAGUUAUUAGUCCACACCUUUUGCAUCGUCACGUGUCAAUCAAACGAUAUGACAUGCACGGAGUUUGUUAUGGUUUUCCAUGACUAUUAAAAAAAUAUGGUUACGAUGUAAUCGAUGGUUGCUAGGGAACCGUGUCGUGAACAUUGUAAACACUGUUUACUCUUAUUUGUGCUACGAUGCAUCGUAAUAAGUCAAAUGGCACAUGGGUGGUACGAAAGCUAAUCGAACAGGAUCACAUGAACCAUCAUUACCGUCGUCUAAAUGGGGCACGGUCCCAGUUACACUUGAACAAUGAUCGGCAUUCUACUAUUUCAAGAACUCGAUUGUCCAAAUCCAGCAAUGAUGUACGCUUUGAAGAAUCUUUACGGAACAUCGAGACGCGAAUGGCUAGUGAAUUUUGCUUAAACGUGUCAGCUCCUGCCUCGGAAAAGAAAAAAGAAAUUUCGGACGAGACGCUAGACGUCAUGACUCGACACUCGCAAUAUUUCACACAACCCAAGAGCUUCGCACCUAGAAUUGUACGUAAAAUAGUCCGGCCUAACACUGCAACAACUAUUCGCCCGUUGUCUACUACAAGCAAUGCAAUUAAAUCAGAUUGCAUCGAACAUGUCCCAGCCAAAUUAGUAAACACAGCGCGGAAAACUAAGAAGGCUGUUGUUUCUGCUGAUCCAGAGCGCAAUCUCUCUGCCGAUUCGGCAUUCGGAGAUGAGCAAUUUCUAGACUCUUCAAGCUCUACUAGCGAUUGUUCGCAAGAAAUGGAUGCCUUUAACAUAAAAAAAUGGCUCCGAGAACAGGAAGAGGAAAAUUGUUACAUGCAGCUGAUGUGUGAUAUUACGGCAGAUCUUCUCCAGCGGAACCUCUGCACCAACGGAAACAUGAAGGAAAUUAUAGCCAUCUACAUCCGAAAAUCGAGAAAAAAGUUUUCGACAAGCAAGGAGAUUUUGAUGAAAAGACUCUGUGAGGAUUUAAUGAUACCUAAUGAUAAUAGCUUCAAUGACCAGUUUUAUGGAUCAACAAAAUGCAAAGCAGUUUCCACCUAUUCACACCAAACCUGGCGUGAUAAUAAGGAAGACAUUAGGAUGUUUUACAACAAAAUCAAGCCAACAGACAACUACCUUAAAUGUGGCGUUGACCAUAAUGAGAUAUCCAAGAAAUAUCAAAGUUACAACACCCUACCGGAAAAACGUUCUUUCGUGCAGAAAACGCAGAGCUUGGGAGAAGAAUGUCCAACAUUUGAAUGCUUCGACGAUAAACCAUGCGCCGCUCUAAAAAGUGAAAAUCACACCGUGAAACAUGUGGCAAAUUCGCAGCAUGCAGUACCAAUUAUAACAAAUACUUGCCAGAAGAAGGACAUUCCGGAUGUUGAUGGAUAUUUUUCCGACUUCACAAACGAUACAGAUAACGACAUUGAAGAAGAAUUUGAUUUUGAUUGAAGCCGUUUCUAGUUAAGUGUUUAACUCAUCUGAACCCGCAUAAUUCAAAUGUGUUUCACUCUAAUUCACUUGACGUAUCCUAUUUCUAUGGUAUAGAAGAAAACCACAGAUCCACGUUGACAACCUUAAUACCGGGUUACAUUUGACGGUUUUCGUCUGGCAAUACGCCAAAAACGUUAUGCACAGUAGCUUUUACAAUCAAAAAUACUGUUUCCCAUUGAUAUUCCUUUGUGCAUCUCUGAUUUAACUUUACUUACACAAAUACAAAGUUCUUGUUG